AUGGACUACACGCCUGGACAGGAAAUACACAACACAUCGUAUACUAUUCUACCGCUUCCUAAGGAUGUCAUCGUACAGAUCAAGUCUUCCACCACAAUCACCAGCCUCAAUCAAGUAAUUCUUGGCUUGUUCGAAAACUCCCUGGAUGCACAGGCAACAAAGAUCGAUGUCUCCGUUGACUUCCGUCGAGGCGGUUGUACGGUGGAAGACAAUGGUAUUGGCAUCUUGCCCUCAGAGUUUCGCGAGACUGGAGGUCUCGGUCGCAUAUACCAUACAUCCAAGCAGAAGGACAACACACAACACGGAACUCAUGGUGGCCAAGGAACGUUUCUGGCAUCCGUAGGAGCACUUUCGCUUCUUACCAUCACAUCUCGACAUGCUCAGCACUACUCUCAUAAUACACUGAGUUUACAUCGAUCAAAAGCAAUCUCCAGAAUGACACCUACGCCACCUCAGAAUGAGAUUCGCACUACCACUGGUCAUGGUACACGCGUGUCGGUCAGAGACUUGUUCGGCAAUAUGCCUGUAAGAGUCAAGCAACGAGCCAUUGCUGAUGAAGGAGGACUUGAAACUGGAAGGCAAUGGCAAGCUCUGAAAAUUGGCCUGGUGGGCUUGCUUCUACCAUGGAACCGUCGCGUCGCCAUCAAAGUCACAGACUUGAACAACCAAGAAAAGACACUCGUCAUCAACACAGGAUCACAAUUUACGCCGAAUACUCUAAGUGAGAGGAAUCUGAAUAUUUUGAAUAAGAAGAUGCCAGACUUUGAUCAAAGUUCUGUCUUGAGUAUCCUGUCCCAAUCCGGUGUCAUUUCGACCGACUCCAGGGGUAGCUGGAUACCGGUAUCUGCAUCGAUCUCUUCAGUCACUAUCAAAGGUCUCAUAUCACUGGAACCGGCACCUAGUAGGAUCGCUCAAUUCAUGUCUAUCGGUUCCAUCCCUUGUCUGGAUGAGAAUAGACACAACGAGCUUUAUGAAACAGUCAACCGACUGUUUGCUCAGUCCACUUUUGGUCACGUAUACGACGAGUCUGUACUUGAUGAGACUGAGAUGAAGCGUCGACAGCACGAUCGACGAUACAAGAGGGAUGGCCCCACGAACAAACAGCUUCUAGGAGGCAGGAAGGGAGUGGACCGCUGGCCUAGAUUCUAUUUUCGUAUUGAUCUGAAGACCGAAGAGAGUACACAGCAUGUUAGCAACCUCAGUGACAUGCAUCUCAAGAGCAUCAUCAACGUCCUCGAAAGCUUGACCACACAUUGGUUGGAAGCGAACAACUUCCGACCGAAGAGGCCAAGACAAAAGCGAAAACAAGUCGCGGAUGAUGUCGAAAGGCCAAGCCAGAAAAACUUCAAUGUUCUAUCACCAAACACCAAAGACCGACCUUCGUCUGCUCCCUUGCAACUUGUCAGCGGCAGCAGAACUCGCGCUUCAAAGCAAGCCGAAAAUACGAGCACACACAGCCGAGGCUCUAAGAGAGCGCGGCGAGUACCCUCAACAGACACCGUGGCACCAACCAUACCUUUUACAGACUGGAGUCGAAUCAAGAGCGCUCAGCCACAGAUGUACGACAGUAUAUGGAAGUGCAAGACACCACAAUCAAGACCAUCCACCGCAAGUGGAUCAACAGUGCAGGAGACACGCUACAUGCCAGAAACCCCUGCUACGAUCGAGGUGGAAGCUGUUGAUGCAAAUCGGUUUGGACUUGUACACGACAGCUCGCGCGAGAUGACAGCGCCUCAGGAACUGGACCACAUUCAAGAUGGAGAGACCUACAUUGACUGGAUCGAUCCGAAAACCAACCGCAAACAUCAUAUCAAUGCACGUACAGGUAUCGUGAUGCCAGACAAGGUGCAUCGACCGGCCUUCAAUACUGUAUCUUCAGGUAGAUCUGCUGCUGCGGCGGACUCCCGAUUGUCAUCGUUCGGUAGGCCUCUUGUCCUGGAACGAAGAAAAAGUAAAGUGCUAUACACACUUGAGACAGCCUCGAAUGCUGGAUCCAAUUCACCUUAG